GAUAUUGGAUAGCGGGCAGGGAGUUUUGGGGUUCCAUGACUGGGCAGCAGCUACACUGCACGACGCAUGAAACGGAUGAAAUACCGAUGGCCGGAGCAACUCUGGCUUUGCCGCGGGACGACUUUGCCAACGGCCUCUCCAAAGGCAAGGAGACAGCAUGUUAUGAUUUGGGCGACAGGUUGGCAUGCUCCGAUAUGAGCGGCAUUAGCACCUCCUUCUUUCCCGGGUUAUCCGGGCAUUGAUGUAGCAUGAGAUAUAGACAGAUAACCUGCUACGUGCUCGGCUAUCAGUCUAUAGUGAGGAGAAGAUUGAAGUAUUAGACGACCGAAGUGGAGCGAGGUGCAGAAAUACGAGAGCCGACUUGUGUGCU